AUGAUUGCUCGGUUACAUGUAGAUAAGAUGAACUUAAAUAAGGUACCCUAUAUUUAUAUUUAUAUUUAAAUGAAGUAUUUAGUGGUAUCAUGUACGUAUACCGCGGGACGGUGAGAACGGGGAUUCAAGUAUGGCGGACGAGAAAUUUUAGAUAUUAUUUGAUGUAGUGUGAGAAAGAUUGAUGAAAUUGAACUUAUAUUAAUGGCGACGAGUGGAAAAUCGAACUCAUGCAAUAACUGAACAUCGUAGUUAAGUACAGCAUUCUUCUAAACGUAAAUUAAUGGGUUUUGUGACUUAUUAACAUUGAAAAUAUGUAUUCUAGCGAACCAAGUCAACAGCAUGUUCUUUGACCAUGACAAACACCCGGAAGAUACAUUGAAGGCAUUUCAAGAGUUCAUACAAACAUUUGAAUUAACAUAUCACGCUCAAUAGCCAGAUCCACCAAAUGUAUCGUUAGAUUCAGCUGUAGAGAGAUGGAAAGUUGCAAAUACAACCGAAAGCAACCCUCAGCCUAAACCAACAUCGGACCAAUACGACAAAAUCCGGGACGAAUGGCAAGCCAAGGACAAAGUUGCAAAAUUCUUGGGAAAGUUUUCGUCGAGGCGAUUUUACUCGGAUUGGCAGGUGGCUGAACCAGAUGAAUCAAUCAGAAAUAAGGAAAAAUGGCCGGCGUUUGUAAGAAAAAUACAAGAGUUUUACAAACCCACAGACAACCCCACGCUUAAGAAUUUUCAUUUUCGGGCAUUGACACAGCAAGACCAAGAAUCUUUCCCGGCCUUCUGUAAUCGUGUUGAAAAGGAGGCUAGACAUUGUCGGUUUAAUUGUGACAAUGAAAAUUGCUCAGCAGAAAAGAUUGCAGUCCGAGAUCAAAUAGCGAUUGGGACACAUAACAAUAAGAUACGAGAGGAGGCAUUGAAAUUGUCGUGGGAUCUCGCCACCCUGAGACGCGAAGGCAUGAGAAUGAAAGUGCAAUAA